AUGAGGAUCAACAUCGUCUUCUUCUUCGCCGUCGUGGUGCUGGCCGUGGCCUCGCUGGCCCAGGGCGUGAGCAUCGAGGAGCGCGAGCUCCAGGGCCGGUUCAACGGGUGGAUGCGCCAGCACGCCCGCAGCUACGACUCGGACGAGUUCCUCGAGCGCUACAACAUCUGGCGCGAGAACAUGGCCUUCGUGGAGGAGUUCAACCGCGCCGGCGACAAGUCGUUCACCGUCGCCAUGAACCAGUACGGCGACCUCGCGCCCGAGGAGUUCUCCCGCCUCUACAAGGGCCACAUGCUGCCCAAGGACGAGGAGGAGCAGAUGCGCAAGCGGCUCGACGAGCAGGACCCGGCGGAGGAGGAGCCCGUGACGGUGGGCGCGACGGUCCCGGCGAGCUGGGACUGGCGGUCGGUCGGAGCGGUGACCGGGAUCGAGAACCAGGGCUCCUGCGCCUCGUGCUGGGCCUUUGCCUCGGCCUACGCUCUCGAGGGCGCACGCAAGAUCGCCAACAGCACGCUCGUCUCCCUCUCCAAGCAGCAGCUCGUGGAUUGCUCGGGAUCUGGAGGCAACCUGGGCUGCUAUGGCGGCAACGUGGGCCUGACCUACACCUGGAUGCGCAGGAACAACGCCAAGCUCAUGACGGAGGCCAACUACCCCUACACGGGCGUCCAGGCCGCGUGCCGCUACACGUCGGCCAGCCCGGCCGUCGUGGGCGUCAAGAACUACGCGUCGGUCAAGGCCGGCAGCGAGUCCGACCUGCUGGCCAACGCCGCGGUGGGUCCGGUGACGGUGGCCAUCGACUCGUCCAAGCGCUCGUUCAUCUACUACAGCGGCGGCUACUACUACGACCAGACCUGCUCGUCGAGCUACCUCGAUCACGCCGUGACGGUGGUCGGCUGGGGCACCGACGCGACCAACGGCGACUACUGGCUGGUCAAGAACUCGAGCAACAACUGCGGCAUCGCCUCGCUCGCUGUGCGCCCGUGCCUGGACGCCACCUGCACCACGACCCCCAACACCCCGAGCGCCUAG